CAAUGCAGGAUAUAGCAUUAAGUUUUAAAUAAUAUUUUACCAUAAUUAUUAAUUCUUUUAAUUUUCAUUUAAUUCUUUUAAUCAACACAAAAAAGAGAAACGAAUCCACGGAUUAAUUGAAUGCAGAUUGAUUAUUCGAUGAAUCAUCUAUACAAACAAUUAAUGAGAAAGUUCACAGAGGGCACACAAAAUAUUUGAAAACAAGCGGACGGUUUGGUAAAGCUUUUGUCUGAGAAGCAGAUAGAAAUUUUGUCCGACGAGUCCUUUCGUGUAUGUUUACGAGACCGUAAUUGUUCCGCGGCAACGUCGCAUAGAAAAGCAUCGUCUACUAAACCAGUAACAGUAAAGAGCAUUAGAGUUUUGGGAAUUUCGAGUGAUAUUUACAAUCGACAAAGCACAAAUUUGCAAAAUGCAAGGCAAGAAUAUUCUCUCUUACUCAAUAUUCCCAAUAAAUAUUUAUAAUGCUAUUAUUAUGUUAGCUAUGUGUGCGUCCACGUAAUAGCACGGCCGUAGCGUGACCCACGCAAUUACUGACUACCUGCUUACAAACGAACGAACGAACGAAACGACAAUCGAUCCUCUGUCGUGGUGACGAGGCAGUCGUGGUUCGACCGCAGCGGGCGGAAAUAACGCGGAGCGUCGGGCGGCAUGCCGCACGUGGCACAGCUGAUGAACAACGGCACUCGGAAGGAAUCUCUGAUGGCGAUCCUGUCGGGAGCCGGCGUCGAUGUGAUGAACGAGUCGCUCGACUACAAGCAAUUCGAAGCGCUGUGUGCCCAACUGUUCGGCACGGACGAGGUCGGGGAGCACGAAUGGAGGGUACGCGAGGUCUUCGAGCUAUUCGACGCAAACGCAGACGGCGCACUGAACGAAGAAGAAUUGCAUAGAUGUCACGAAUGGAUAAACGCGACCGUAAAUCCGGUGAACGUACUGCUGAUUGUUGACGUGCAAAAUGAUUUCAUUGAUGGCACAUUGGCUCUUCGAAAAUGCGAGUAUGGACAGGACGGGGCAGAAGUGAUAAAACCGAUAAAUCGACUUUUGAAAUAUGGGCGAUGGGACAAAGUGAUAUAUUCACUCGAUUGGCAUCCCGAGGAUCAUAUCAGCUUUUUCGAAAAUUUAGGAAAACGCGAGGUUCAUUCAGAAUCUAAGGUCACUAAGAAAUCGGCGAAAGUCUUUGACACUGUCGUUUUCUCGGAACCUCAUGUGACACAGAAGCUUUGGCCAAAGCAUUGCGUUAUGAAUACUUGGGGUGCUGAAUUGCACAAAGAUCUUCACGUUGUACCUUCUUCCGAGAAGGUAUAUAAGGGUCAGCAUCCAGACAAGGAUGCAUAUUCAGCAUUCAAGGAGAAGGAUGUGGAUGACACUUCGCAGGUGGAAAAAAUUUUGCUAGCAAUAGGUGCCACGCACUUGUACGUUUGUGGCAUCGCCUAUGACGUAUGCGUGAAAGAGACAUGCCUGGAUGGCCUGCGAUUAGGCUAUCGAUUGGCUGUCAUCGACGACUGCUGUCGCGGUGUAAAAGCCGAUGAUGUAAAGGCUGCCAAAAGUUUAAUUAAGAAGAAUGGUGGCUUGGUGACAUGCAGCUAUAAUGUUCUGUCUAUGGUGAAUGAAGGCAAGCGUAGUCUGGUGAUGGCACAUAAUGCCGCGAAGACGAUGAUUUGAACAAAAUCUUUUGUAGAAUUCUGUAUAAAUGUCUCUGAAAAUAUGGUAUCUGUGCGGACGUUGGUGAAAACUUUAUUUAAAGAUUAUAUGUUAACAAUAGAUAGGGAAAUCAUUUUGUAAACGAUAAUUUCCUCGCUUUUGUUGUCAAGUACUAGUUUUAGUAUUUUUUUUGUAUUUUUAAGUUUUAGAUGCGUUAAAUUACACGAAACAAGGUAUUUUGAAGCAAUUUCUCUCUUCGUUGUGUAGUAUAAUGUUUUAUAUAAACAGGAAUUUGAAAUCGUAGCAUUACUUAAAAAUAAUUGUAAAGCUUACACGUAUGAAUAUGAAGCUUAUACAUAUCAUAGAAAUUAAUUUCUCUCAACAAUCUUUACGUUUUGCGUGAAUUGUUAAUUUAGAUUUAUUAACAUUAUUGAAUCUUUUCCUUAUAGAAACUUUAGAUGUAUUUUUCUUAAUCGGUAAGAUCUUACAAUUAGUACACAUGCAUAUAGUGUACAUAAUAUUAUCCUAUGGAAUACAAAUACGAUUGUACUUAAAUUACUCUAAUAAGAUUUAUAUAAAUUACUAAAAAAAUUUAUAUUUAC